AUGAACUCGCUGGAGCAGGCGGAAGAUCUCAAGGCUUUUGAGAGGAGACUUACAGAAUAUAUUCAUUGUUUGCAACCUGCCACUGGACGUUGGAGAAUGCUUCUCAUAGUGGUAUCUGUCUGUACAGCUACUGGUGCCUGGAACUGGUUAAUAGAUCCCGAGACACAAAAGGUGUCCUUCUUCACGUCAUUAUGGAAUCACCCAUUCUUCACCAUUAGCUGUAUCACUCUGAUAGGCUUGUUUUUUGCUGGAAUACACAAGCGGGUCGUUGCGCCGUCAAUUAUAGCUGCUCGAUGUCGAACUGUACUAGCAGAAUACAACAUGUCUUGUGACGAUACAGGAAAACUCAUUUUGAAACCUAGGCCUCAUGUUCAAUGACAAUGUACGCUCGUUGUUAUGGGACCUCCAACAGCCUUUCUUCAAAUAAGUGAUUGAGCAAAAAGCCAUAAAGGAUUCCUUUUACAGUUGGAUAUGUGAAGGUCAUAGCAACAACUGACAAGAAGUGUGCAAUAUUUACCCAGGUGAUCUUGAUGAUGAUGGCUCGCAUUCUCUGGCUCGGUACCUUUGAUUAUCUGUGUUUCAGUAUUAGUGUCACUUUAGUACUUCAGACCCUGCAGAGACUUUUGCAGAUGAAGUAUGUCUGUAUGUUACUAAGUUAAACUUAGAAACAGAACCUCAUCCAGUUUUUAUAAUGUAUUUUUGCAAACUACUGUAAAUAGCAAAUCAAUGCCAAUGUUACAGAGGGAGAUGUUACUCGGACUCUGUUCUCCUGCACCAGUAUUUCAGGAACAUCUGUUUGCCAUCCCCACAGCUCUUUAAACCCAGCUAUCCUGCAUAGCUGUGCCUUUCAUUCUUACACUCCUCUGUUCUAAUCAUAAUGCAAGAAAAACAUCGGAUUGAGCCUAAACUGAGGAAGACUUCUCUCCAUUGUGUACGUUGUAACAAAUUAUAGACGUUUUGAGAAACAGUUUUCAUUAAGCCAGAUAGUGAAUUUCAGCCACUAUUGUGUUAGUAAGUUUCCUGUUCAUUGUUUUCGUUUAACGCUGAAUAUACUUUAUGUUUUUUAAUUAAUUUUAAGAACACUCCACAAAGGCUUCUGAAUAUACAAGUUUAGUUAUAAAUUAUGUAAUGUCUGGGAAUUCGAUAGUCAUUGUUUUAGAUAAUUGGAUUUUAUGCUGUGGUGGACGUGGCUGUGACACUAGUGUUGCACAGGUGUAAUUGAUCAGCCCCUCCAUCACAAAGGUCACGUGGGAGCGGCACCACAAACCCGAGUCCACGGUUCUCACUGUUCAGAGAGUGUUAAUGACAUACUGUGUAUGCAUAUUAGCCACAUGUACUAUAAUAGCCCUGAAACUG